CACACCUGGCUGGUGCCUCAGAUUGAACAUGGCUAAAACUGAGAAAAACAGUAGUGAUCUUUGGUGGUGGUGGGAUGAUGAAGAGUCUUUCACUGGCCUGCCAGCUGUAGAUGAAGAAUCCAGACCCUGUAGUCAAGAGACUGAGACACUCAACAAGUAUGCAGUGGUCACCAUCUAUGCCCUGGUGUUCCUGCUGAGCUUGUUGGGAAACUCCCUGGUGAUGCUGGUCAUCCUAUACAGCCGUGUCAGCCGCUCUGUUACUGACGUCUACCUGCUGAACUUGGCCAUGGCUGACCUGCUCUUUGCCCUGACCUUGCCCAUCUGGGCCGCCUCCAAGGUGAAUGGCUGGAUUUUUGGCACACCCCUGUGCAAGCUGGUGUCCCUCCUGAAGGAAGUCAACUUCUACAGCGGCAUUCUCCUGCUGGCCUGCAUCAGUGUGGACCGCUACCUGGCCAUUGUCCAUGCCACACGCACGUUCACCCAGAAGCGCCACUUGGUCAAGUUCAUAUGUCUGAGCACCUGGGGACUGUCUGUAACUCUGUCCCUGCCCUUCUUCCUCUUCCGUGAAGCAUAUAAUCCAAACAAUUCCAUCACAGUGUGCUAUGAGAUCCUAGGAAAUAACACAGCAAAGUGGCGAAUGGUGCUGCGGAUCCUGCCCCACACAUUUGGCUUUGUCCUGCCACUGCUGGUCAUGCUGUUCUGCUACGGAUUCACCCUUCGCACACUGGUUAAGGCCCAGAUGGGUCAGAAGCACCGGGCCAUGCGGGUCAUCUUUGCUGUUGUCCUCAUCUUCCUGCUCUGCUGGCUGCCCUACCACCUGGUCCUGCUCACAGACACCCUCAUGAGGACCCAGAUGAUCGAGGAGAGCUGUGAGCGCCGCAAUGACGUUGACCGGGCCCUGGAAGUCACUCAGAUUCUGGGAUUUCUCCACAGCUGCCUCAACCCCAUCAUCUAUGCCUUCAUUGGCCAAAAUUUUCGCCAUGGAUUCUUUAAGGUUCUGGCCACCCGUGGCCUGGUCAGCAAGGAGUUCAUGGCACGCCAUCGCAUUACGUCUUAUACUUCUUCCUCUAUCAGUGUGUCUCCUGCCCUCUGAAAACCAUCCUUGCUUUUUUUUUUUUUUUGCAGUUUUUGGCUGG